GAGUGUCAACAACUUCAACAAAGCGCCAAGUCUCCAGGGAAAGCAGCCUCGGGACCUCGCCGCCUACUACAUCUCUCCGGAAACGCUUCGCAUCCCCAAAUACGGCUUCAAGAAAAUCACACUGCAAGCAAAGUGCCCCAAUACAUUGCUCUGAGCUACUGCUGGGGCGGAGAUCAGCCCGUCAAACUUCUCAACCAUCUCGUGCAGUCGUGGGUAAAGGAUAUGCCUUACGCUCAAUUGCCGCAGACACUCAAAGAUGCUAUCCAAGUAACAAUGGACUUGGGCCUACAACAUCUCUGGGUCGACGCCCUUUGCAUCAUACAAGACUCAGACCAGGAUAAAGCAGAGCAGAUUUCGCGCAUGGCAGAUAUUUACGAGCAAGCGUACGUCACAAUCUCCGCCGCUAGAGCAACCGCCGUUCCUGAGGGCUUCCUCCAUAGCCGAUAUAUUGCUGGAGAGCAAAGCUUUCGGAUGCCUUUUACCUGUGAAGAUGGACAGCCAAGCGCAGUCAUACUCUGGCAAGGCAGAGAGCUAGAUGCAUGGGAGCCCAUUGACAAGCGAUCUUGGUGUCUUCAAGAAUCCAUCCUGUCGCCGCGAGUGCUUGAAUACGGUACGCAUAAUAUCAGAUACCACUGCGCUCGAAGCCGUGGCGAUGAAUCCCAGCUGCAAUCCGACGGCUGGAUCGGACACUCCAAAGCAUUCGCCCAGCUCAACAUGUCCCAUCCGCUUACAUCCAGCGUUGACUGGGCAAGUCUCGACGAUCCCUACAAAUUCGUCCAAGUCUGGCAGACGCUCGUAUCGCAUUAUACGCGCCGCGGUCUGGGCUGGUACCAGGACAAGCUCCUCGCCAUCUCGGCCAUUGCCAGAAAAAUGAGCCGCAGCACCAACAAGACUUACAUCGCAGGGCUAUGGGCAGAACAUCUCGGCGAGCUCUUACGAUGGCAUCCGAACCACGACCCAGAUGCACAGGAGACGCCGCGUCGACACGCUACGUAUGUUGCGCCGUCUUGGUCAUGGGGCUCGUUCAGUGGUGAGAUU